CUUCAUCUUUUCCUCCAACAAAAAUCUCACCCUUCACCUCGUUGACCUCACUCUAUCCCUGAUCUUCAACUCCCUUCCGAGGGUGCAAAGGAGACCCUCGACUCUUGCGCCCGGAAAAACGGACUACGACCUCGUAUCGUGUCCAUAGUCGUGCCUCCUGGGAGUAAUUUUGGAGCAAAUUCCACACCAGGCAGGGAAUAAGUGGCCAGGAAAGGAUGAUUAGUGUUUGGUACAACAAUAGUGAAAAUAAUCGGGACUGGGUCCGAAUAGCUGGACGAUAGUAUCCAUUAUACCCUGUUAAAGGGCUUCGGAGUACUCAUAGAGUCACAAACUCCACUUGCUCAACCUCCAAGCUCCCGUCACAACCUCAGCAGCAGCAACAUUUGGAAUCCCAGCAGCAACAGCAGCAGCAAAUUCCAUUCUCAGGCACGGAAAAGCACGCAAAGAUGGGCAAGAGGGAAAUUAAACGUGGUGUCGUCCAGAGAACCUCAGAUGCUGGAAACACAAAUCUCGUUGGAAAAUUCACUCAGAGUGUUCGACGAAUCGUCCAAGAUGUGAAAGAUGAAGGAGCUGCAAGUGGAAUGAGCCGCGAAGAGGUGAUAGCAACAAAUGAGAGACUCCGUGCUGUGAGACUUCGCUUGGAGGAUUCAUAUGACACCGCCAAACAGGCACUCGUGACGCUCAUGAACAAGUACGGCGACUCGAAGAGCCACCGGAACAUUUUCAAUCGCUACCCACUGCUUAAGGUCAUGAUCAAGGAGGUCAUCCGCCUGGAGACGCAGUACUGGACGCUUGUGGACAUUCCCAAACAGGAGAAGCAGGAAACCGUGCCGGCGUACGUGAUGCGCGCGUGUGCCAUCAUGGAGAAGACCCAGAAGUCCGGCGAGGGCGUCAAGACGUCCGCCAAGCUGGCCGAAGAGGCCGCCGAGAGACGUGAAAGACUGGAUAGGCUUGAAUCAAUGACAACGGCUCUAAUUGAACAGGAGAACACGCAAAUGAUUAACGAUUUGUAUCGUUUGCUGAAGAAAUAUUCAGGACUGCGAAAUCUAAUAAGGGAGCUCAAGUCUGAGUACGGCAACUCCAAGUUGUAUCCAAUUUUUCCACGCUACACCAUGCUCAAGGAUAUGAUUAAGGACAUCAUGCACGAUCCUGAUUACAUGGAAGUGUGUCACGAAGUAGACAACUAAGGUCUGGGUGCGAGACGCUUGAUAUUUUUCUUCCUUCCCCCUUCGGCCCGGCGCCAGCUCCCUCGCGAGAUGAAGAUGACACGGGAGCGACAAGUCCCCAGAGGAGUCACCAUAUUAGGAUGGAGUGAAUAUGAAUAAGGCGGCAUUGAUACGCAUACAAUUGCGGAUUAUAUUGUGUUUAUGGAGGGAAAAGUUGGGGGUGUGGAGUUCAAUUGGAGCCCAAGAAAGCACCUAUAAAAGCUUAUUUCUAGUGUUAUAUAUUUAUUUGCCAGUUUAUGUGACGACGCGAGAUGGGAGGAAAAUGAAAUAGACAUGACGCACUUGUAAUCUCCUGGCAAAGGAGACAUGAAGGAUUAGCUAUGGAGUAUUUUUCAUACAUUUACAAAGGGGAAUUUUCCGAAAUUUUUCAUUAUGGCAGUCAAAGAGAGUUUAGAGCAUUUUAGGCGAUCAUCUGUAGAAUUCGUAAAUAUAGUUUUUAGAUAUUUAUUAACAAAAUUAAAUAUAAAUCUAAAAAAUGCGCACAAUCGAAAUUGAAAUAUUCAUUUUCAAGUUCAUUUUGUUAAAAAUAUAUAUCGAAUAACUAAUUCAGUACAUCAUAAUGGUAUAAUAGGUGCAUAUUUGGCGACAUUUGUUCACAGACAUUAUGCCAAAUUGUUUAAAAAGAAAUACAGAGCUUUACUUCUACAUGUAUAGCGUAAUGCAAUAAAUUCAAGAUUACCGAAAUAACUUAGAAGAAUACCAAAGUUUUAUACACUCUCGCUUUUUGAUGAAACAUUUCGGAAAAUUCUCACAUAGAUCAAAUUUCGUGUGAAAUUGCAUACCUCGUAAAACAUUGGAGCAGGCACUCAAUAUAUCCAUGGCUUGGAGGAAGGAUCCGCGCAAUAACAAGUUGAAUAAAUCCAAACAGAUGGGUGUUUUGUAGUCUUGGGGAGCGUCUAUUGACUGUUGCCGGGCUUCGUGCUCAACUCGAGGAUAAUCUCGCGUUGAUGAUGAUAUAAAAUGGAUCAGGGUGGAGAAUGUGGCUUGGAGGGCAGGAACAGGAAAGUGUAUGACAGUGAUGAGAGGAAUCACGAAGAAAACACUAGAGAAAUAUUGUACAUAUUAUAUGUGUUGGAGUAGUAAAAGAAGUUCGUACCAUUUCUGGUUGAUGGCUAGGAGAAACCAAACAAAAGUAUGGCGAAGAACAGUGUGAGAAAUUCCCAUGAUAUUCUCCUCAAGUGGUGUGACACUGUAAUAACCAUCCUUGACAUCUUUUUCGCUCUACAAUUCCAUAUAUCAUGUUCAUUUUCCACAAUGCAUUAUUUUUUUUUUUGGUGAGCACGGGACAAGCAUUAAGUGCAGAAUCAUAUAGUACGGAUUUAUUUUCCAUUGAGAUAGUAUCAGUAUAAAUCUCACAGAAGAUCGUGUAGUUAAAAGCUAUUAAAAUAAUUUGUUAAAGUUGAUGAAGAA